GGAAGGAGUUGACGCCUUCGAACUGCGCAGGAACCACAGCGAUCAUCCUUCAUGCAAAAUAUUGACGGUGAUCGCUGUUGGAUGCAAGAAAUAUGUUACAGUAUUAGUUCAAAAGAAAGAGCUGUAAAUGUAACAAGCGAUUGUUUUUAUGAUAACAAAAACCAGUGUUUUCUUUGAUUGUCUCUUUUGGAAGGAACAAGUGAUUGAAUUUGUAUUUCAAUCUAUGUGAGUGCCAUAGAAAAUAUCAAACUGGUGUAGGCCCGCAACAAACAGUUGUUGGGGUUUGCAAGGAAGUGGAAUCUUAGAAUUCCGCGAUGGGUUUAAAGCCGCUAGAGUUCUCUGAUUGCUAUCUGGACAGUCCGUACUUCCGAGACAAUGUUAAUGAACACGAGAAGGAGCUUGAAAGAACUGGUGAACAGAUAAAAGGUCUGAUAAAAGAAUGCAAAGUUUUGCUGAAAGCUGUUGACAACCUUUCCAAGGCACAAAGAAGUUUUUGCAAUGUCUUAAAACACUUCACACUAAACUACAUUGGAGAAAUUGAUACUCCUGAUGAAAUUGAAAUUGCUGAUGCCUUCAACAAUUUUUCAACCCUCAUUGAAAGAGUUGAAGAGGAAAGAGAAAGAAUGCUUGAACAUGCCCAUAUACAGCUAAUUGCACCACUGGAAAAAUUCAGAAAGUCUCAAAUUGGAAGUGCAAAGGAGGAAAAGAAAAAAUAUGAAGAUGAAACAAGGAAGCUGUGUGCUUUGCAAGACAAACAUUUACAGCUAAAAAACAAGACAAAAGAUGAAAUCUUGAAAGAGUCUGACCAGCAAAUGGGAACUGAGUUCAAGAAUUUCCAGCAUCUAGCUUUUGAUUAUGUUUCUAAACUCCAGGAAGUGAAUGAAACAAAGAAGUUUGAGCUUGUUGAAAUUCUGCUCACUUACAUUUAUGGACAAAAGACAUUUUUUCAUAAUGGUCAUGAAUGCUAUACAGAUGCCAAGAUUUUUCUCGAUGGAUUAGCAUAUAAACUGCAGACUCUGAGGGAACGGUACAGUGUUACCUCAGAAGAAGCAGAAGAUCUGAAGCGUAAGGUCGAGAAGCAAGGAGAAUCUGGUGAACUGCAGAAAGGAAUGUGCGCAAGACAAGGCUACUUAUACGUUCAAGAGAAAAAACACGGUGGUCUUGUUUCAGCUUGGACGAAAUACUAUUGUACAUAUCAGAAAGAGAACAAAAUUCUAACCAUGAUACCUUAUGUGCAGACAAUGGGGAAAAUGAAUACCGUCACUGAUACAAUGGUAGUGAAAUCAUGCGAAAGGAAGCCAACGGAGCCUCCAGAAAGACGAUUCUGCUUCGAAAUAACUGCCAUGGAAAGGAAGGAAGCUCUAAGCCUACAAGCGUUAAGUGAUGAGGACAGGCGAUGCUGGCUUGACGUGAUGGAUGGCGUAGAACCAAUCUACUUACAAUCAGCAAAUUUAAUCAACAAUGCGGAUAUGAUCAGCGAUAUCGGGAAUAUCUUUAUUCGAAAGUGUAUUGCAGCCAUAGAGAAGAAAAGCCUUGAGGAGGAAGGUUUAUACAGAAUCGCUGGAGUGUCGUCAAAAUUUAAUAAUCUUGUAAAAUUGGCAAUAGACUCAAAGAAAGCCCCGAUCCUGGAUUUGGAAAGCGAUCAAUCGGAAUUCGACCUUAGGACCAUCACAAGCGCAUUGAAACAGUACCUUAGGACUUUAGAAGAACCCUUACUUACAUUCAGGCUGCACCUUGAUUUUCUUGAAGCCAUCAAAUUACCAGAACAAGAGCAAAGAAUCGAAGCUUUAAGGGACUGCUGUUGCAAACUGCCUGAAGUGAAUUUUUCUACCCUGAAAUUGUUAAUGGAGCAUUUAGCGAAUGUUGCUGCGCAUUCGAAUAAAAACCUUAUGCAGCCUAGUAACAUUGGAGUAGUCUGGGGACCGACUUUGAUGAGGCCAAGGGAGGAAACCAUGGCUGCCAUUAUGAAUUUGAAAUUUCAAGGCGUUGUCAUAGAGACACUUAUCAAAGAAUAUGACAAGAUUUUUUCGGAUGAUGCUGGAAGAAAACCAAAACCAGAGGUUUCAAAGCCAGAAGUUUCAAAGCCAGAAGUUUCAAAGCCAGAAGUUUCAAAGCCAGAAGGACCCAACAACGAACUUAUGAAACCGGAUUUGAAAGCUGAGCCUAGGCGAUCGCCAAACUUACCAAGAAAACAUCAUAAUGGACCAAUCGGUAUUUCGAAUCCUGGUUACAUGGAUGUAAGACCACCUGUGCUGCAAAAACCUGUCCAUUCGCAAAAAUCAUAUCCAGCUCCCCCGCCCCCACAAAACAAGCCUUUGCUACCGAAGAAAAAUCUGAGCAAACCAGAUCUCGAUUCGGAUAGUUGGACAAUAAUAUCGGACCGGUCAUCGGGGUACUCGACCUGCUCAAGCGUUGGGGAGGAGCUUCAGCGCACGGUUUCAACCCCUGCUCUUAAUACGAGUUCUGAAGCUGCUUCCUCAUCCUCGGUUUCAUCAAGAAGAGGUACUCAAGGAGGAAAACCCUUGCCCCCACCAAAAAGGAUUUUUGAGAGUGUUCCAGCUUUCACAAGCGUUCCAGCAGCUGAAGAUGCAGAAAGAGAUCAAGAGUAUGAAAAUGUCCGAGCGACUGUCCCAAAGAGGACUAUAAGUUUUGAAAAGGCAGUCCAAAACAGACAAGUUGCUAUGGUUGGUCCACUGCAAAAGUCAACAUUACCUGAAGACGGAAAGGAACCCAUAUCACCACCACCUAUACCUCGGCGAAAAGACUGGAAAGUCAUAGCUUUGUAUAACUGUGUAGCAGAAAACGACGCCGAGUUGUCAUUUGGUAUGGGCGCUAUAAUUACAAACGUAAGAAAAUCUCCAGAAGAGGGCUGGUUAACUGGGACUCUGAAUGGACGAACGGGCCUUAUACCCGUGAAUUAUGUGGAAACUGUGGAUGAGAUCUAAAUUUCGUUUUUCGAUCUUCAAUUUUCUUAUAAUCAAGCUAAAUUAUUUGGAUCGUUGUUUUAAUUUCAUGCAUUAGAAGGUGAUCAUAUUUUGGUUUCUUGCGUAUUAUCAGAGGGGUAAAUUAUCAGAGCAACAUUACAUGAGCAGCAUUUUUAAAUAAUUUUAAAAUGUUGCAACACUGCUCUGUUCUGUUUGAAAGCUGCCAAUGCUUGAUUUUUUAAUUCGUCUUAUGAAGUUGGCAGCAAAUAAGCUUCGUUGACCUAGAUGAUACCGAAAGUUAAUAUUGAGAAGGGUUCAGGAAAUUUGAAUCAUGAUUGUACUCAGUGUAAAGAAGCAACGUUUUAGCGUAUUGCUGUUCCUAGAGAUUACCCCUUUAUGUUUUGGUUUUUAUAGGUACUACGCGUAUUUAUGGUAUGAUUUGAAAUAUUUAGUUUUAUCGCAAAAGACGGUUUUUGAAAUAAUUACUGAUGCCGUUGAAUAUCAUGGCAAAUCCAUGCAUCCCAUUUCUUAAAAAGUGGGCAAAGUAAUUACAUUAUUUCGCAAACAUAAGUUUUCUUUGUUUAGAGAAUCAAAAUAUGUUACACUAUUUUUAUCUAAUCUGGCUGCCAUAGAAAUACCAUCUGGAUGAGGAUAUCCAUAUAUAUAUCAGUCUGGAUUUCCCGAGACAACGACUUUAAUAUCUAGUGCAGCUUUAGGUAGAGUUGAUAUUUUAGAAGUUGGCGAUAAACUUAUAAUAAAUAGUCGAGAAACAGGUGCUGAAGAUCAAGGGUAAAAAUAGCCGAGAAACAGGCGCUAAAGAUCAAGUGUACGUACACGAUAAUAGGCCGGUAGUGAUCAAGGUAAAGGGUACGAAAAUUGAGAGUUUUGAAUUUGACGUUGCUUGGGCUGCUUUUCGAUAUAAGUGAGGCAUUCUUAUUAUUCCUUUCGAUGAUCUUGACUACUUGGACACUGACUGAAUGGAGAAAAGGGGGAGGGAGUUGAUCUAGCACUACCGAACUUUUUCUCACCAAGUUGUUCUAUGAAUGUGUUUUGCGGGCUAGGCCUACUCCAAACAUGUCCCCAGGUUACGCCACUGACGAAUUAUUUGACUCCAAAAAAUCGACCUUUAGAGAGGGAUUUUCAUGACAUACUACAAUGGGAAUUGUGGGAAUAAUUCAAAUGUUUCAGCUUUCUAACCCUUUGACACUUUGAGAAAGUGCAAGCAGAUAACCUUUUUUUUAAAAAGAGAAAAAUGAACCACACUGACGAUCUUGUUUUGAGGCAACCUUUGUUUAUGUAUGAAGAAGAAAAUAAUUUCGCUGGCUUACCCUCAAUGUAUUUACUCUCGAGCUAGCAUGCAUGACAGUAGAUAGAAAUUGUUUAUGAAACACAUCUUGUUUUGUUAAAGGUUUUAAUCAUGCUUUUUGAUAACAACCCUUGUAAAUGGAGAGUGUCUGAAAGACGUUUUGCUAGCCUUGUAUUUAAACACUUGCGCUGUUAUUCCUCAAAAUGAUCUUAAUUACCUCUCGUACAGCUUUUACUGUUUUUCCCUUCACAUAAGAAAAUUACGUGAAAAAAUAAUACUAGUUGUAAUGUUCUCUAUCGGGAUGAAAAUUUCCUGUUUCCUAUGGGUGCAGAAAAAAGAAACGCAUCGCUCAAAUUCGUUUUCAGCCUCAAAAAAGAAAAAUUUGCAAUCAGAACCUUUCUAAUAAUUGUCACGCCUUCUCUAAGAAUUUUUGCCCCGCAAUCUCCCAUGCAAUAGUCAGAAGUCAAUUCGGCACCCAUUUUAAAAGAACAUCUGCAUUAGUUCCAACGUUAUUUCUUUUUCUCCAUCGGUACUUGUCGAAAUUUAAAGAUUGUCAUCAGUCUCUAUGUAGCCGGAGUGUGUUUAAACAUUUUAUCUCAUUACCACGUUAAUAUGCAAGUGUUAGAUCUAUAGUUUUAAUCAACGUCAACUUACACAAGAAUGAUUUUGUAAACGUGUUAUCUUUUUUUGUCACGUGAACGUAAGAUU